UCAACCACUCCUGCAAAUACCAUCUUGCUUUUCCAAAUAUCCCACUUUAGCACCAAUCUUGUAUUUGUAAAACACUAAAAGGAUCAAAGAUCAUGACCAAAUACGCCGCCUUUUCCCUAUCAAUUUUAUUUGUUUUUCUCUUUCAUGGUAUUAACACUUUAGCCCAGCCCACUGCUCCUCCAGUCCCGCCAGCCGUGGCUCCAACCCCGCCAACCUUGGCUCCAGCCAAGUCAGCCACGCCUCCUGCCUCACCCGCCAAGCCUCCAACCCAAUCAGCCAAGGCGCCUGCCCAGUCAGUCCAAGUACCUGUACAAAAAGGUUCUAUUGAUGUCACAAAAAUCCUUGCAAAGGCCCGUGGUUAUUCAGUCUUUAUCCGCCUCUUAAAGAGCACUGGACUUGCUGCACAACUAUACGGACAACUCAACAGUUCAAACAAUGGGUUUACCAUAUUUGCACCUACGGAUACCGCAUUUUCAAAUCUCAAACCAGGCACUAUAAACUCUCUAUCUGACCUACAAAAGACCCAGCUUAUACAAUUUCACAUCUUGAACUCCGUGAUUGGUCUAUCCAACUUCCAAACUCUAAGUAAUCCAGUGCCAACAGAGGCCGGUGACACUAGCGCCGGGGAAUUCCCACUAAAUGUGACUACUGCCGGCAACCAAGUGAACAUCUCGACCGGCCUUGUGAAUACCACAAUGGGUGGUACAAUAUAUUUUGAUAACCAGCUUGCGAUAUAUCGAGUGGACAGUGUGCUUCUUCCACUAGAUGUUUUUUCUCCCAAGUCUAAAAAAGCUGCAGCACCUAAACCAGAAAUGUCAGAAUCAAAUACUACAGCCACUACUGCCGAUAGUCCGUCAGGGGAUGGUGCUGCUGCUGCUUCUGCCGCAGCUUCUGCUGCGGGUGCCGCAGCUUCUGCUGCUGCCGACGCCGCCAAAAUAUUUGCAUCUGAUGCAGUGAGCCACAGCAGGAAGGGAAUGUUGUUACCGGUUGGAAUUGUUGUGGUUGCAUUUUGUAUGGCGAAAGGAACUUGAUGGCGUAAGAGUAUCAGCUUGAUCUUCUUUGCCGGGAUCCAAUUUGUUCUUGAUUUAUCAUUGUUGGGUUGACCAACAUCGAUCGUGGGCUUUUAAAAUAAUUUUGCUUCUUUAAUUUCCUUGUCCCAUGCA